AUGGACGGUGAAGAAGUUGCUGCUUUAGUUAUUGAUAAUGGUUCUGGUAUGUGUAAAGCCGGUUUUGCUGGUGAUGACGCACCAAGAGCUGUUUUCCCAUCAAUUGUUGGUAGACCAAGACAUCAAGGUAUUAUGGUUGGUAUGGGUCAAAAAGAUUCAUAUGUUGGAGAUGAAGCACAAUCAAAAAGAGGUAUUUUAACUUUAAGAUAUCCAAUUGAACAUGGUAUUGUUUCAAAUUGGGAUGAUAUGGAAAAAAUUUGGCAUCAUACUUUUUAUAAUGAAUUAAGAGUUGCACCAGAAGAACAUCCUGUAUUAUUAACUGAAGCUCCAAUGAAUCCAAAAUCAAAUAGAGAAAAAAUGACUCAAAUUAUGUUUGAAACUUUUAAUGUUCCAGCAUUUUAUGUUUCUAUUCAAGCUGUUUUAUCAUUAUAUUCAUCAGGUAGAACUACUGGUAUUGUUUUAGAUUCAGGUGAUGGUGUUACUCACGUUGUUCCAAUUUAUGCUGGUUUUUCAUUACCUCAUGGUAUUUUAAGAAUUGAUUUAGCUGGUAGAGAUUUAACUGAUUAUUUAAUGAAAAUUUUAUCAGAAAGAGGUUAUACUUUUUCUACUACUGCUGAAAGAGAAAUUGUUAGAGAUAUUAAAGAAAGAUUAUGUUAUGUUGCAUUAGAUUUUGAACAAGAAAUGCAAACUUCAUCACAAUCAUCAGCUAUUGAAAAAUCUUAUGAAUUACCAGAUGGUCAAGUUAUUACUAUUGGUAAUGAAAGAUUUAGAGCUCCAGAAGCUUUAUUCCGUCCAGCUGAUUUAGGUUUAGAAGCUGCUGGUAUUGAUCAAACUACUUUCAACUCAAUUAUUAAAUGUGAUAUAGAUGUUAGAAAAGAAUUAUAUGGUAAUAUUGUUAUGUCAGGUGGUACAACUAUGUUCCCAGGUAUUGCUGAACGUAUGCAAAAAGAAAUCACUGCUUUAGCUCCAUCAUCAAUGAAGGUUAAAAUUAUUGCACCACCAGAAAGAAAAUAUUCAGUCUGGAUUGGUGGUUCUAUCUUGGCUUCAUUAUCAACUUUCCAACAAAUGUGGAUCUCAAAACAAGAAUACGACGAAUCUGGUCCAUCAAUUGUUCAUCACAAAUGUUUUUAA